ACCACGUGGAACUUUAUCAGGAAGACUCAAAGGGAAUGUUUCCAGGAGUUGUGCACUCCCAGAAAAACCAAAAGCCUGUGAGACUCAGCAGAGGCCAGAGGAAAACUUUAGUAGCCACUUAGACCUCAUAACAAGUGACAGAAUCAACUUGGAAGAGACACACUACAUGUGCCAUGAGUGCGGGAAAAGCUUCAAUCAGAGCUCUGCCCUUAUCACACAUAGGAAAAUCCACAUGGGUAAGAAAGCUUAUGAAUGUUCUGAGUGUGGGAAAUGCUUCAUUUGUCAUUCAGCCCUCAUCUUACAUCAGAGAAUCCACACAGGAGAGAGGCCUUACACGUGCUCUGAGUGCAGGAAAAGCUUCAGUCGAAGCUCACACCUUAUCAGACAUCGGAGAAUCCACACAGGGGAGACGCCCUACAUGUGCUCUGAGUGUGGGAAAAGUUUCGGGUGGAGCUCAAACCUUAUCACACAUCAGAGAAUCCACACAGGGGAAACACCCCCCACAUGCACUGAGUGCGGGAAAAGCUUCAGUUACAGCUCAGCCCUUAUCAGACAUCAGAAAAUCCACGCAGGGAAGAUGCCCUACACAUGCUCUGAGUGCAGGAAAAGCUUCAGUCGGAGCUCAAACCUUAUCACACAUCAGAGAAUCCACACAGGAGAGAAGCCUUACACGUGCUCUGAGUGCGGGAAAAGCUUCACUCAGAACUCUGCCCUUAUCAGACACCAGAGAAUCCACACAGGGGAGACGCCCUACACGUGCUCUGAGUGCGGGAAAAGCUUCAGGCAGCGCUCAAACCUUAUCACACAUCAGAGAAUCCACACAGGAGAGACGCCCUACACAUGCUCUGAGUGUGGGAAAAGCUUCAGUCUGCGCUCAAACCUUAUCACACAUCAGAGAAUCCACACAGGAGAGAAGCCCUACACGUGCGCUGAGUGCGGGAAAAGCUUCAGUCUGCGCUCACGCCUUAUCACACAUCAGAGAAUCCACACAGGAGAGACGCCCUACACGUGCGCUGAGUGCGGGAAAAGCUUCAGUUAUAGCUCAGCCCUUAUCAGACAUCAGAGAAUCCACACAGGGGAGACACCCCCCACAUGCACUGAGUGCGGGAAAAGCUUCAGUUACAGCUCAGCCCUUAUCAGACAUCAGAAAAUCCACAUGAGAGAGAACUGUAAUAAAUCCUUUGACUAG